UUGACUUGACUUGACUUGACUUGAUUGCUUGAUCCGAUAUAGGAGUUUCAGAAUGGGAAUGUCCCAAAGUACCGUUAGACAAUGUGACACUUCUCUCCAAACUCACUUACCUCUUCUUGGAAGCUCCCAGCACUCCCUCUCUGCCUCUCUCAGCUCCGUCAAGCUCACCCUCUCACCCCUCACCAGCUCUUAUCGCCGCCUUAUCUGCCCCGCAAACCAGAUACUAGCCGCAUACAACACCCCCUGUCGCUAUCGGGAGGCGGCGACAAUCCAUCGAACAUUUUGACGCGCGCGCUCUCUCGCCGGGCCUUUUCGAGCUUCCUUUCAACUAGAGCAAACUGCACUGCACAAUUCCCAACGAAGCAGGUCGCAACACGGGAAAAGAGACAGACGUCACAAUGGGAAAACGCAAGAAGGCUGCCAAGAAGCCUCAGGGCCCGAAGAAGAAUGCGCCUCUCCCCUCCACAUUCGACUGCCUCUUCUGCAACCACGAAGGAAGCGUCAUCGUCAAGCUGGAUAAGAAAGCAGGUGUUGGCGCGCUGUCGUGUAAGGUCUGCAGUCAGCACUUUCAGUGUGCGAUAAACUACCUCUCAGCAGCAGUCGACGUCUACGCCGACUGGGUGGACGCCUGCGACGCGGUAGCGAAGGGAGACGGCGAGGAGCUCGACGAAGACAGUAGAGCGCAGGCGCGUGUUCCUGUCUCUGGAGGUGGCGGUGGUGGUGGGGCGGCAGGCAGACAGAGGGGGAGGGCGGCGAGGGAUGAGGAUGAUGAUGAUGAUGAUGAUAUUAUUGAUGAUGCGGAUGCGGAUGAGGAUGAGGAUGGGAUGGGGGGGUAUGGUGGGGAGGGGGUGGUGGCAGAUGAUGAGUAUUAG